AGCCUUAUUCUGGCGCGCGACCCGCUCUGCUUUGCUCGCUCCCUCCGCUAACGCAGCUGUACGGCCAGGCCCGGAUCUGCCAUGGCGUCCCCAGCAGCGGGCGGGGUGGUGAUCGUAGGCAGUGGGCUCAUCGGUCGGAGCUGGGCUAUGCUGUUUGCCAGUGGAGGCUUCAAGGUGAAACUCUAUGACAUUGAGCAACAGCAGAUAACAGAUGCCCUGGAAAACAUCAGGAAGGAGAUGAAAUCCCUGGAGCAGUCUGGUUCUCUCAAAGGCUCCUUGAGCGCAGAGCAGCAGCUGUCUCUCAUCGGUGGCUGUGGCAACCUGGCCGAAGCAGUAGAGGGCGCCGUGCACAUUCAGGAGUGUGUUCCAGAGAACCUAGAACUGAAAAAGAAGAUCUUUGCCCAGCUGGACCGCAUCGUGGACGACCGGGUCAUCCUAAGCAGCUCCAGCUCUUGUCUGCUGCCUUCCAAGCUGUUCACGGGCUUGGCACACGUGAAGCAGUGCAUCGUGGCUCAUCCUGUCAAUCCACCGUAUUAUGUCCCGCUGGUUGAGCUAAUCCCCCACCCAGAGACAGCUCCAGCCACAAUGGACAGGACCUAUGCCUUGAUGAAGAAGAUUGGACAGUCCCCAGUGAGAGUCCUGAAGGAGAUUGACGGCUUUGUCCUCAACCGCCUGCAGUACGCCAUCAUCAGCGAGGCCUGGAGACUGGUGGAGGAAGAAAUAGUAUCUCCUAGCGACCUGGACCUGGUCAUGUCAGACGGGCUGGGCAUGCGGUACGCGUUCAUCGGACCCUUGGAGACUAUGCACCUCAAUGCCGAAGGUGUGAUAAGCUACUGUGAGAGAUACAGUGAAGGGAUGAAGCGUGUCCUCAAGACUUUCGGGCCUGUUCCAGAGUUCUCAGGGGCCACAGUGGAGAGAGUUAAUGAGGACAUGUGCAUGAAGGUUCCUGAUGAUCCAGAGCACUUAGCUGCCAGGAGGCAGUGGAGGGACGACUGUCUCAUGAAACUCUCCGUACUCAAGUACCAGAUGCAACCCAAGUGAAUUUCCUGUAACGCUGCUGCCCCUCCUUCCUGGGCAGCUCUACGGGGGAGAUGAGAAGCUCUUGAUCCAAUCCCUGUGCAGCAUCAAGAAGCCCGGGAAGCUGGCCUGAAGCCCAGGUCUGCUCCCCUGUGUUGCCCUGUGGGCCGCUAUAGAGGCCAAGGAUCUUCUGGGCACUCCUGCCUAACCCUGCAUUGGGAUAUCGCAGCCCUGCUUAGGUUCUGAGGUGUGGGUUCCCUGCCACCUGGGCAAACAGGCUGAAGGUUCUCACCUUUUCUUUCCAGUGUGAUUACACGUGCAUUUCCAGGUGAUUAUCUGCCACUCUCUGUUACCUUAAUCUACUUCAAAUGUAGUUUUUUUUUUUUUUUUGGAUAAUCAUUUUCUAAUCCUACUCUGAGUGUCCUGUGACCCUGCAUAAUAAAGCAAUCACUUUCA